AUGUCAGUUCAAUUGUUAGACUCAUCAUACGGUAAAGGAAACGUUAAAUUUCUUAAAGUCAAGAAAAGUCCUUCCAAUCCAUCGGAGCAGAAUGUGUUGGAGGCCAAUGUACAAGUAUUGUUGAAAGGUAACUUUGACAUAUCUUAUACUGAAGCUGAUAACUCACCCAUUGUCCCUACAGACACUGUCAAAAACACUAUUUUAGUGUUGGCUAAGACCACAGAUGUUUGGCCAAUAGAAAGGUUUGCUGCCCAGUUAGCAAAACACUUCACUAACAAAUACAACCACAUUCAAGGAGUUGAAAUUACUAUAACACAAUCCAGAUGGACAAAGUAUAGUGUGGAGGGCCAAUUGCAUCCACAUUCCUUUAAACAUGAAGGUCCCGAGACCAGAAAUACAUUCUUGACCUACGACAAAACCACCAAGAAAUUGCUCAUUGUGUCCUCGAUCAAAGACUUGACAGUUUUGAAAUCUACAGGUUCCAUGUUCUACGGGUUCAAUGUCUGUGAUUUUACUACUUUACCACCUACUAAAGAUAGAAUACUUUCAACCGAUGUUGAUGCAGCUUGGACUUAUGAUCCGAAGGUGAUUUCUACAUUGGAGACCGUGUUCAAAAAGGCAGACGAAGGCUUAUUUGAUAAUACUUACGAAAACGCAAGAAAAAUCACUUUGGAUUUGUUUGCUUUAGAAAACUCUCCUUCAGUGCAAGCCACGAUGUAUAACAUGUCGCAAAAAAUAUUAGAAGAGGUUCCAGAGGUCAAGCAGGUCAGCUACACAUUGCCAAACAAGCACUACCACUUAUACAACUUGGAAUGGAAAGGCAUCAAGGGUAACGGAGAUUUGUUCUAUCCUUCUCCGGAUCCAAAUGGAUUGAUCAAGUCGACUGUUGGAAGGAAGGGUCAAGCAAAGUUGUGA